UUCAUUCGAUCGUACUAGGUAGUGAGGUCACGACUUAUUUAUUUUAGCGUUCCUGGUUCGUGAGUGGAAUUUUUUUUUGUUCUGCCACAGCAGCAUUAAUUCGUCAAAGUGAUUCGAGUCGAUCAGUUCAAUUUGAAAAGACAUGAAAUUUCUUGUUAUAAUUACUCUCUUACUCACUGGAGUGUGCGCUACACCGGUUUCACCUAUCGAUUUCCUGACUGCAUUCAUCAAUGGUCUGUUAGGUGUCCCUUCCACACAAAAUAACAGCACAGUCUAUGCGGUGCCUAUCGAUUCUCCAGAGACAACCGUCAGCAAUAAUGAAACUCAACCCGAAAUUAAGUACGCCACCAUCUGGGCAGAUGAUGAUGGCGCAACGCAUGUCGGAUAUUGCAAAAUCGAAGGACUCCAAUUUAAUAGUUAUGCUCCACCGGCGGCACCACAAUGGUUCGGUUUAUCGCCCGACAAAAUUGAAAGUAUUUCCUUUGCUGCAUUGCCGGUAGGAUAUGUCGGUGACUGGCAUCACGCUCCGGGACCACAGUGGGUCAUUGUACUAUCUGGAAGAUGGUCCGUUGAAACGACUGACGGCAGCAUAUUAGAGCAGGGUCCCGGCGAAUUCCAGUUCAACGCAGAUAGCACAUCUCGUCCACGUCCUGAUGAUGAUCGGGUGGGCCACAUAACACGGCAAGUGGGUACUGAGCCAAAUUUGCAACUGAUAGUCAAACUCAAGGCCAAUACUGAUAUCAGUCGCACCAGAGGUAGAUGUGCAUACUGAGGAAAGUGACGGAUGCAUAUUAAAAUGAAACGCAUUUUGCUGAUUGGCAUGUCAUAUAAUGGCGAUUAGAAAUAUCUAGACUGUUUAAACAAGAAUUGUAAGUCAAUAAAAACUAUUUUACAUUGCCAA